CUGACAAGUGACAUUAGUGAUUAGUUUCAAGACGAUCAACAAAAACAUGAAAAGGGGAUUUAUCAUUUUUUGAUAAGAAAAUGUUGAAUAUGUGAAACUAUAUCAAGGUCUUCUUCAUCAACAAGUUUUCAAUAAAAAUGGCUAUGGCAAAUUCAAGUGAAACCCAUAAUUUCAAGGUUGUUUUAUUAGGAGAAGGAUGUGUAGGAAAAACCAGCUUAGUGUUAAGAUAUGUAGAAGAUAAGUUCAAUUCAAAACAUAUGAGCACAGUUCAGGCUUCAUUUUUAAAUAAGAAACUGAGUAUAGAUGGAAAUCGAGUGAACCUGUCAAUUUGGGACACUGCUGGCCAAGAAAAAUUCCAUGCCUUAGGACCAAUCUAUUACAGGUCGUCAAAUGGAGCUGUUUUAGUUUACGAUAUAACAGAUGAGGAUUCUUUUCAGAAGGUGAAAAGUUGGGUGAAAGAACUUCGUAAAAUGUUGGGUACCGAAAUAUCACUUAUCAUUGUCGGCAAUAAAAGUGAUCUUGAGAAAGAUAGACAUGUAAAUUUGGAAGAAGCUGAAUCUUAUGCCGAAAAAGUCAAGGCAAUCCAUUAUCAAACUUCUGCAAAGUUGAAUCAGGGCGUUGAAGAAAUGUUCUUGGCUCUAACACAGAAAAUGUUAGAUGAAGCAAAGGAGAAAGCUGCUCAGCAAAGUCAUCUGACUAGAAACAAUUCACAGAGAAUCGUGACUGUUGUUGAUGAUGAUCAAGUACCGACCAAUAAAAGCUGCUGCUCAAGCGGAUAGAGAAAUGAACUACUGAAAAUAUAAAUUUAUUUUACUCGAAGCUCCAUUUGUGAUUUAAUAUUACUUUUGUCGUUUUAUUUAUGUAUUGAUGGUUAUUAUAUUAAUAUUACUGAAU